AUGAAUCCACAACCGCCCCCAAUCGGAGGAUACCAUGCUUCUCCAUAUCCUACUCUUGGCUCAACCAAGGUUCUCAUUGGAGUAUUCGCUAUUCCCGGUACCGUUCCCGCAUGCUUCGCGCCCUGGUCGCCCCUGGCCAUGCGUGCAUCUCGCCAAAAUCAACCAGCCCCGGUUCCGGCCCCGGCGGUCUUGAACAUGAUGGCGAGCCAAGCCCAUCGCAACCACAAGGUCUUCCUCCAUGACGCACGAGAAGGGACUCAUGGCGCACCUCUGCGAAGACGAAGGGCAUACAAUGGAAUCAUGAGGUCUGCCUCGGGGCCUGAGAGCGUCGGAUCAUCUACACACAGUAUCAAGGCGUUCAGGAACCCAGCCAAGGCUACAUGCGGAAUCUAA